AUGGAUUACCAAGAGGAACAACUAGAAAGGCAGAACUGGAGACCCUGGUUUUCAGGGGAUGAGGGUGACCUUGGAGAUCUGGGUCCAGAAGGAGAUCCAGAUGGUGCGAGUCAAGGUCGUCCUGGACCCAGAGGUCGACCUGGUGACCCUGGCCCACAAGGUCUUCCAGGAUUCCCGGGAAAUGACGGUCUAGAUGGUCAAAUGGGACGUGAUGGUCCCCCUGGCCUACCGGGGCCUGUUGGGAUACCUGGGAGGAGAGGACCUGUUGGAUUCUCCUAUCCAGGAGACAAGGGAGACCAAGGUGGCUUUGGUCUUGAUGGAGUGCCUGGAUUGCCUGGAAUACCUGGAUUAAAAGGAGUGCCAGGAGAUUUGGGACCACCUGGAGAAACGGUUCAAGGAUACACUGGUGAACAGGGCCGAGAAGGAAGACCUGGUCUUGAUGGACUUCCUGGUACUAGGGGAGAACCUGGUCCUGAGGGAUUUCCUGGUAUCCGUGGAGAUGGUCUGGAUGUUACUGGUCCAAGAGGUCCUUCAGGAUUUCCCGGAGAGGAGGGAGAUCCAGGAAUCCCUGGAGAGGAUGGGCGUGAUGGAAUCCCAGGAGAAAGAGGUAGAAGAGGUGACGACUGUGGGGUUUGUCCUGGGGGUGAGCCUGGUUUUAGGGGAGAUCCAGACGAUCCCGGUUUUGAUGGACUUCCUGGACAACCAGGUCAACCAGGUUUCCCAGGACAACCAGGAGAACCGGGCAUACCUGGAAUACCUGGUCAAAAGGGCAUACCAGUAUUGAAAAAAUGUGUGCAAAACGGGAAUUUGUCCAGGUGUUUCGCUUCUGACGAAUUUGAAUACACCGCGCAACUCGAACUGCCGGAAAUUGGUCUGAAUGUCGUUUUAAUAAAGAAUUCAGUAUGA